UCUGUCACGCGCUGUACGUUUGUUUUCUCCGUCCGCCGUUAUGAGGCUGAUCGUGGUGGCCGCCGUGUGCGCCCUGAGCGUGGCUCGGCCGAAGGUGCCCAGCAAGUCGCAGCUGAUCUACGUGCCCGAGUACCAUCAGGAUGCCGAGAAGGAGGCGCCGGAGGCCCCGCCCCGCCAGGAGUACGAGAGGACGCCCCUUCCACCGCUGCCGCAGGACUCGCGCAGAGAGGCUUUUCCUUCGCCCUCCAAGGCCGCCCCCGAGAUCGUGCCCAUCCUGAAGGACCUGAGGGCGUCCCCGGAGCGAGGCGUCUACAACAUGGCCAUCGAGACGGGCAACGGCAUCAAGGUGCUGCAGCAGGUGGCCGGCGACGCCCAGGGAUCCAAGACCAAGGGCGCCUACUACUUCACCCACCCCGACGGCACGGUGCACAAGGUGACCUACGUGGCCGACGAGAACGGCUUCCGCCCCUCGUCUGACCUCCUCCCGUCGCCCCCAAGAACCCCCACCCCAUCCCCCCCACGCCCUGGCCCAGAUCGAGAAGGCGCGCAUCGAGGACGAGCUCAGGCAGAUCGAGGGCGAGAGGCAGUACGAGGCCCGAGAGCAGGAGUAUGCGGAGGAUGUGGCGCCGGAGGAGAGUCGCUUCGAGGAGGAGGAGGAGGAGUAUGAGGUGCAGGAGACGCGGCAGACGCUCGCCGGGCAGGAGG